UUUGUUUGCGCUUCGUCAGCGUCAUCAGCUGACAAAUGCGUUGUUCUUUUCUAUGAUCAUUAUUGUUUUGACAGGAGCAAUUCAAUCUUUUAUUUUGUCUCAUUUCCAUAUAUAUCUUAUAACUGCGAAAAUCCAUCUCGAAAUGGCAAAUAAAUCCAAGGAAGAAGGACAAGUAGAAAUUGCCCCUCUACGUAGUUUAGAUGAUUUUAUUCUAGAAUCCGCGAGAUUUCAAAUUCCAAAUUACAGAGAUUUGGAAAAAUGGGGUAAUCGCGUAACUAGUAAUUUAUUAUAUUACCAAACGAAUUAUUUCCUUUUGGCAAUUCUCAUCGUUAUCUGUGUUGGUGUACUACACCCUAUUAAAAUGGCUUGUGGUUUUUUGGUAAUGCUGGUCAUAUUUGGAGUAUUUGUGUAUAUUACAAAUGAAAGAGCUGCAGCAGCACAAUUCAAAAGGAAUCAUCCAAUCAUUUCUUUGCUCUUGAUAUUAGUAGGUGGCUAUUUCAUAACUUACAUGCUGAGAUCACUCCUUGUUUUCAUGUUUGGUAUUUUAUUGCCAGUUUUCGCUAUUUUUAUACAUUCAUCUCUCCGACUGAGAAACUUCAAGAAUAAACUUGUGAACAAAGUCGAGACUCUUGGAUUGAAAAGAUCACCGAUGGGCAUUUUUCUUGAAGAACUGGGUCUUGAGGGCGACUUGUUCUGAUUGCCCAUUUAAAAAAAAAUUGAAACUUUUACAAUAUAUUAUGAUGAAAUUAUUUUUAAAUAUUUUAGAAAAAAGUUUCGGAAAAUGAUACCUAAGCAGUUGGGAAGUACCCGUUUGUGCUUGUUGAAGAACGACAAAACAUUCUUCAAAACCGCAAAUAUCAAAACUCAGAAAUUGGUCAUUUGAUGAUUACUUUCAAACUACGUUGUUAAAAAAGUAUUAGAAUAUACCGAUUUUAUUACAGAACCUGAUUGAAUUGUGCUUCUGAAAAAAUUUAUUAUACUUAAUGAUCAUAGUAUAUCGGUAAUAAUGUAUGUAUAUACGAUUUUAUUGCUUCUAGUCCUUAAGUCAACAAUAAUGUUUGAUCUUUAAUUGUCUCCAGUAUUCCUGUAUAUAAUACAUUGUUAUUUUCACAGUAUAAAAUAGAAACCAAAGAAUUAA